GCUCCGGGCCGCGAGGCCUCGGUCCGCUGCGGGCUGGGCGUUUCCCUCGUAUCUACCUGGAAGGGAAUUGCUUUUGUAGGGGCGCUGACUCUGGUGGCGUUUGGUCAGCGGCGGGAGGGAAGCAGACUGCCAGCAGGAUUCUUAAUUCGCUGGGUUGGGGUGCUGGGCUUUAGUGUGAAAGCGAAGAGUGAAAGCUGAGCUUUCCAAGGAGGGGGCAGAACCAUUUCUCUGCAGCUCUGGCGAAUAUAGGCGGGCCAACGGGACAGUUUGUAGCGUUAAAAGUAAACAAACCUGGUUCCCUUUUGCAGAGGGGAGACACUGAAAGCACGUCUGGGAGAGGAAAAUGCCCAGUACAGACCUAAUGUCGUUGAAGGCCUUUGAGCCCUACUUUGAGAUUUUGGAAGUAUAUUCCACAAAGGCCAAGAACUACGUGAACGGGCACUGUACCAAGUACGAGCCCUGGCAGCUGAUUGUGUGGAGUGUCGUGUGGACCCUGCUGAUAGUCUGGGUGUAUGAGUUUGUCUUCCAGCCAGAGAGUUUGUGGUCAAGGUUUAAGAAAAGAUGUUUUAAGCUUAUCCGGAAGAUGCCUGUCAUUGGUCGUCAGAUCCAAGAUAAGUUGAACAAGACCAAGGAAGAUAUUAGCAAGAACAUGUCAUUCCUGAAAGUGGACCAAGAUUACGUGAAAGCCCUGCCCUCUCAAGGUCUGAGCCCGGCUGCAGUCCUAGAGAAGCUCAAAGAAUACAGCUCUAAGGAUGUCUUGUGGCAAGAGGGGAAAGCCUCCGGAGCAGUGUACAGUGGGGAGAAGGAGCUCACUGACCUCCUCGUGAAGGCUUAUGGAGAUUUUGCAUGGAGUAAUCCACUGCAUCCAGAUAUCUUCCCCGGACUCCGGAAGAUAGAAGCAGAGAUCGUGAGGAUGGCUUGUUCCCUAUUCAAUGGGGGACCAGAUUCCUGUGGAUGUGUGACCUCUGGGGGCACAGAAAGUAUUUUGAUGGCCUGCAAAGCUUAUCGGGAACUAGCCUUCGAGAAUGGGAUCAAAACUCCAGAAAUCGUAGCCCCCCAGAGUGCCCAUGCUGCAUUUGACAAAGCCGCCAGUUACUUUGGGAUGAAGAUUAUACGAGUUCCCCUGAACAAAAUGAUGGAGGUGGAUGUUCGGGCAAUGCGCAGAGCCAUCUCUAGGAAUACGGCCAUGCUCGUCUGUUCUGCCCCACAGUUCCCUCAUGGUGUGAUAGACCCUAUCCCUGAAGUGGCCAAGCUGGCUGUCAAAUACAGAAUACCUCUUCAUGUGGACGCUUGUCUGGGGGGCUUCCUCAUCGUCUUUAUGGAGAAAGCGGGAUACCCGCUGGAGCAGCCAUUUGAUUUCCGGGUGAAAGGCGUGACCAGCAUUUCAGCUGAUACUCAUAAGUAUGGCUAUGCCCCCAAGGGCUCUUCAGUGGUCUUAUACUCUGACAAGAAGUACAGGCGCUAUCAGUUCUUCGUUGCCACAGACUGGCAGGGUGGUAUCUACGCUUCCCCAACCAUUGCAGGCUCACGGCCUGGUGGCAUUAGCGCAGCCUGUUGGGCCUCCUUGAUGUACUUCGGUGAGAGCGGCUACGUUGAAGCUACCAAACAGAUCAUCAAAACCACGCGCUUCCUCAAGUCAGAACUAGAAAACAUCAAAGGCAUCUUUGUCUUUGGGAAUCCUCAGUUGUCAGUCAUCGCUCUGGGCUCUCGUGAUUUUGAUAUCUACCGACUGUUCAACCUGAUGCAUGCCAAGGGCUGGAACUUGAAUCAGUUGCAGUUCCCACCCAGCCUUCAUUUCUGCAUCACAUUGGUACACACCCGCAAGCGGGUAGCCAUACAGUUCCUUAAGGAUAUCCGGGAAUCUGUCACUCAAAUCAUGAAGAAUCCGAAAGCAAAGACCACAGGAAUGGGUGCGAUCUAUGGCAUGGCCCAGGCUACCGUCGACAGGAACUUGGUGGCAGAGCUGUCCUCCGUCUUCUUGGACAGCCUUUUCAGUACAGACACUGUAGCUCAGGGCAGCCAGAUGAAUGGCUCUCCGAAACCCCGCUGAGCUGAGACCCUCUGUAACUCCGAGGGGCGUCUGGCCUUCAGGAGGCUCUCGGGGUGUGGGACAGGCCAUGCGGUUUCAACAUCUGGUCUUGCUCCAUAGAGCGCGACACAGUCCACGAGACAGCGCGAUCCUCAGGAUUCUCAUCCUUUGGUGGUUUUUAAUGUGAAGACCUCAAAGGAUCCCAUGACGUAAUUAUUUUGUCCUUGUUCUAAAUGUUCCCCUGGGAAUUGUUUUAACCAUUUCCUUCUCUAACCUCUCUUGCUGCCAACUUCCCUUAAUCCUGGUGUGGCAGCUCUGACCGGUCCCGACUCCUUAGGGAAGCUGGGCUCCAGUUUACGAUAGGAAAAGGUGUACUUUGUUACCUCAGGCAGCUGGGCUAGUGAGACAGGAAUUCUGUUCUGUAUCUGGUGUUCCCCUAGGUGGGGGUGAGGUCUGCUCAAGCAGGAGGCUUUCCCAGCCCUAGUGUUCUCUCUUAGAGUCCCUUCUUUCACAGCUUAUGCUUUCAAGGACACAGGUUGGCCAGCCAUCAUUCUGCUAUGCGGGGCUGGCAGGGUCUGGAGUGGUCCCUGUCCGUGCUUGCAGUCCCCAUGUGGUACUUGGUUGCCAUCACCUUCCGUUCCCAGUGGUUUGUUCCUAUUUGCGUGGAUUAGGACGAGAAUGGUGUGGGUUCCAGAGAAGCUCGGGCCUUCUGGCCCUGGUGCUGCCUCUUGGAGCACACCUGAGCCCUCUCCUGGGCCUCUGAAGACGAGAACCAGGCCUUUUUCUAGACCUCCCUGAGUAUCAGUGCAGGACGAGCUCCCAGACUUCCAGGUACCCAAACUUCCGGUGUGCCACCAGAGUUAGCAGCAGUCCUCCCCGCCCUGCUGCUCUAGCCGUCAUGCACAUGUUUGUUUUUUGUUUGCCUGAAGGAACAGCUCAAAGCACCUUCACAAGUUGCCUUGACUUACCCAGGGAGGGCGUGAGAGAGCCCCCAAGGCAAGGAAAAUCUCUGUUAGUGUGUUCUUUCUGCCUCUUUCCCCCUUCAUUCAACUCCCAAAGGUACGACGGCAGUCAAGCCUCAGGUACUGGACGCUCCUUGGCCCUGGCUAGGAUGAGAGAAACUUUCUAGAAUAGGAAGACGUCAAGUGUCACUUGAGGCCUAGGGCCUGGGAUUCCUUCGUUAAGACCAGUUGCUCAGGGUGGCGCAGGAACAGGAGCCAACCCUGCGCCCACUUCCUCCUCUUUGCCCCCCUGCACAGGGCCCUGAUCUCAGUUGAGCCACUGUCCUACCCGCAUGACAACACACGAUGUGCCUUCUUUCUCAGCAGUGAGCAGGGAUGGGCUACUCCUGACCCAGGCCUGGAGUGAACUGGAUCAGUCUUUGAGGUUUUUACCUGGGUAGGGGUAAGUCAGGAGACACUUUCCUCUGAUCCACCACCCUUCUCAGGGACUCCUGAAUACCCAGCCUCCUCAGGCUGGUGUCCUCUAGCCUUCUUCACUGGCAGUGCUGGCCCGGACUUCCCCCAGACUCCCUGGCACAUUCGUCUAAGUGUUCUUUAGCGCUGUACUUCCUCCACAAUAACUGACUGGCUGGCUGCGUCAUUGCAGGGCUGGUGUGUUGUGUUUCAUUCUGUCCUUGUGGGCUCCAGGAAUGUGGGUAUGUUUGUGUUAGAAGCAAAGAUCCUUUGGAUAGGGGAGUCACAUUCCCCCCUGGUUGAUGAACUGAUGGGCACUGUGUGUGAACCAUCCCUGGAUCUCCAGUGCGUUCAUCGUGUUGGAGGAAUUCCAGGGACCCAGAACCACUCAGCAGGCACGACUGUGGUUUGUCAGCUGCUAAAAACAAAGAAGCACAUACCUGCAGAGUGUCCUGUUGCUUCCCGUGUCUCCCCAGGACCUCCCUCUGUGGGCUGUGGUGUUUUCAAAGGGACCUGCUGUCGCCACUUUAUGAUCAUGAGUGUUAGACUUAAACACUUGUGGGCUUUUUGUUCUUUACGUACCUGUGUGCGUAAGUAGCAUCUAGUCUGCAGCGGUAGAUGGAAUGUCUUCAUGAUAUCAUGUUGCUCGCAGAUGUCUCAUUGGCCUCUGCAAAAACUACUCUUGUUUCUGGGUUAGAGUUUAAGUAGUUGCAUGAAUAUACUGCCGUGUCACUUUUAAUAUGACCAGUUUUAUACUUGGAAAAUGGUACUUGCCUCUUUAAAAUCUUUUCUGUCUUUAACCUCCCCCUUUUCCAUCUCAAGGCUCCCUUCCUAAUUAUAGCAAUAAUUUCUUAAGAAGCAACUAAGUAAUAAAAUGUCCCAAAUCUUAAUCAUU